AUGAAGUUGUCUCUUCUUCCACCGCUGAUUAUUUCACUAAUUUAUCCAUGCAUCCUGUUCCUCGGACUAUUCUUAAGUGCCGUGAUUUCAGAUGAGACCAAGUCAUAUCAGAAAGAUCGCAUUUAUCUUUUACGUUCCUCCAAUAUUAUUAACGAAAUAUUUGCCUAUAAUGGGAAUCUAGUAUGGUUCAUUUUAUUUUCAUUCGUUGCAUCUCUUCAAAUUUAUAUUAGGUCCCAUACUUUUAUCUUAUUACCGCAUGAUAUCGUUGACGUCGAUUCAAAGGAAAAUGUAAGAGCUAAGUUGCUUAAGGAAUAUAUGGUCAAGUUUCUCCUUAAAGUUUUCAUUUUGUUUGUUUGUUUCCUAAUCAUUGACAACAUUUUUAUAUUAACAGGAGGGAGUUGUGCGCCUGGCGGUGCAACAAGAUCGGCCGAGCAAUGUAAGGCACUGGGUGGUGACUGGCUUGGAGGAUUUGAUAUCAGUGGGCAUUUUUGUUUUCUAACUAAUAUUAGCUUGAUUCUUUGGAUUGAAUUGCAUCAUUAUUCGAAAUACACUGAAGAGGAAGAAUUACAAUCAAGAAUUAACAAAUGGAUAAAAAGAAGUUUAAUUGUUGUGGAAGUAGUCCUGUAUAUAUGGAUGUUUCUGCUACUAGUGACUUCUAUAUACUAUCACACUAUUUUAGAAAAGAUUCUGGGCUGCAUAAUGGGUUAUGCGUGCCCUCUCGUAAUGUAUUGGUUGAUCCCAAACCAACCCAGGAUGAAGAGCCUUCUCUAUGCAUUCUAA